AUGGGUGUCACCAAGGAAUUGAUCAAGGCAGGCGAUGGCCAGACCCGUGCAAAGGCCGGUGAUACCAUUCUCAUGGAGUACACUGGCAAGCUCGAGAAUGGCACUCAAUUCGACUCUUCGGUCGGCCGUGGUGACUUUGAGACUUCCAUUGGAACUGGUCGUGUCAUCAAGGGCUGGGACGAGGGCGUCCUGAGCGUCGACGGCGGCAUGACUCUUGGCGAGAAGGCCAAGUUGACCAUUACUGGUGACUACGCCUACGGUGACCGCGGAUUCCCAGGCCUCAUCCCACCAAAUGCUACUCUCAUCUUCGACGUCGAGCUCAAGGGCAUCAACGGCAAGAAAGCAUAG